AUGGCCUUCCAGCACUGGCCGAAAACUGGCCCGGCUAUGGCCCUGACUAGUCCAGAGCCAUGGGCCAUUCGAAGCACCAUUCAUGGCAGCCCGGGCAGAAUAUAUGGUCAUGGUGCUGGACACGAACCCCCAACAGCAGCCAGGUGGACGUGGCGGUGCAGAUCUUCCCACCUUUAUUCUGGUCCUGACCACCGCUCCUUUCUUUGUGCAGGAAUUCUUUGGCGUCGUCGCACCAGACGGACGCAAGUGUUUCAGCAGGCGCCGGCGCGAGAGAAAGACAUGAGUGUAAAAGAGAAAGAGCAGCCUGCUGCUUACAUUGAGCAACAGCUUUCUUACUUGAGGAAGGAGAAGCCUCUGACAGAUGCGCAAAAAGAUACACAGAACAAAAUAAUGGAAGCCUUGAAAGAGGGCAAAAUACCUCUAUUGGACGGCGUGACGGGCUGUGGGAAGACGAGAAUUCUAGAACAUGUCAUUGCCGAGCUCAAGCCAAAGGCGGCAUUGGUUUUGGCACCUGUCAAAGAGCUGGCCAAGCAGCAUCAUAGAGUCUUCCAGGAGGACUUUGUGAAUGAAAGCUGGAAAACCCACUUGUUCAUUUCAUCUACGAGCCACUAUUAUCCCAAUAAACCUAUUCAAGAGGACGAGCAGGAUGGACUCAAGGUCAAAAGACGGCCCAACGAGAAACACAAGGACAUUGAAGAGCAUCGAAGAGCCACGUUAAACGAUGUCAAAGGUGGAAAGCCUUGCAACACUAUUGCAUCGACCGCAGCUCUUUGGCCUGUUCGCAUCAACGUUAACGUGGAUGCGGAGACGAUUCUUUCAGAUGAAGAACGAAAUCACAUCGUGAGUCAAUUGAAAGAAGAGCUGCCAGGCUUGAGUGGGUCCUUGAUGAGAACGGUCCAGGUAGACAUUGAAACAUUGGAGCGCGAAAACUGGUGCCGGAACAUGUUUGACUUUUACCAGGAUUUGCUACCUGAUCGAUUCAACAAAUGCCUCAUUGACUUGAUGAACGAAAAAUAUGGUGACAGGUGGCUCCUGGCGGUGGAUGAAUGCCACAGCAUGAUUCCGGAUCUGGGGAAGGCCCACAAAUGUUCGGUCACGACAGCAGAAGAAGAUGUAAAAAAAGGUUUUUGCCGGCCAAAGAAGUUAGAGUGGCUGAAAUCCGAUCAACAGAAAUCCUUGCCAAUGAGCUGGCCGAAUUUGCGUGAUCAUCAAUUACCUCGCAAUGUGCUGUUGUUGUCUGCAACUCCAGGAGCUGAGGUUGAAGAUCUGGGGAAGAAUGGCCGCCAAGUUGUCCCAAUUUCACUGGAACACCGGCCAACAAAUAUUCCUAAUCCGGAAAUUGAGAUAGUGAUGACAAAGCCGAACCACAAAAAAAUACCUUCCCAUUCGCAUCACGAUUUCAUGGACUUGAUCAAGAAUGUCACCAAGAUUAUCGAGAAGAGAAUUGAGCGUGGGCAGAUCCUUAUCUCAUGUGUGGAGAAUUGGCAGGCGGAUGUGUUGACAUACUAUUUCCAGGUGGACAAUACAUACACUUGUGAAGCUCUUCACGGCUUGUGCUUGGGGCCGAUCAAAGAGAAGAUUCUGAAAAUGCUCGCAGGCAAAAAGAUCCGCAUUCUUUGUGGCUCCAAGCAGUUGAACGAAGGCCUUGACUUGCCUGGGGUGGCCACGGUCAUAGUUUGCGACGCGGAUUCAGCCGGUUUUUUGCGAACUGAGACCUACAACAAAGAGAAUGGCAAGAAACCCACGUCGAUUGAGCAGAUUGCUCCUGGAACGAAUCCGGAGACAUUCCCCGACAGGAAGAAGAUGGACAGGAAGAAGAUGGAAAAGUGGACACUGCGUCACUACAUCAAUUUUCUUGCACUCCCAUGGGGACGCUUGAAGGAAUGUUUGCCUUCGAAGAAGGGGCUAGAAGACAAUGCUUUCAAAAACAAUGAUCUUAUACGGAACAUGCAAAAAUUGCUUUUGAUGUGCUUGUUUGAUGGAAUUGCUUGGGAAAAGGCGGGAAAUUUGCUGGACGAGGGCAAAAAAACAUUUCGUGAUAUCGUGCACAUGCCUUUGUCGGAAAUAUUGAAGACGGCUAAUGUCGGGCCAAAAAGCGGCCAGAGAUUGCAUAGAUUGGCAGAGGACGACAAGCACAAGAAGAAUUUACUUAAUGUCGAGAAGGCCUACCGCAUUGUGCUUUCCGAUGCAAAAUUCACCAGCGACCUACGUGAAACUCUGAAAAGCCUAAACGUCACUUCACGAUCUUCACUUGCAACAAAGGUAAAAAGCGUCGUGGAAGACCUGAAGGGGCUUGAGAACACAAUUGUAGUCGAGGCUGUUGCCAGGCUAAUUUGGUUGGCUGUGUGA